AUGUCCUUAUGGGUUAUUUGGCUGGAUAGGAACAAUAUAGUUUUUGAUAACUACCGACCCCCUAUGCCAGUUUUAUUCAACAGCAUCCCGUCAAUGCUUGAAACAGGCAAAAGUUUGAAACCCAGGAAAACGUUGGCCCAGGAUAGUGUUCAGACAUGGACAGCUCCUCCCCCAAUGUGCUGGAAGAUAAACUCUGACGCAGCGGUCUCAACGGAUAAACAGCUUUCCAUUCUCAGUGCUGUUUGUCGAAAUUCUGAAGGAGAAAUCAUUCGAAGUGGAGUGUCUGUUCUAGACGGGUGUGUGAACGCUGAAGUUGCAGAAAUCAAAGCUGUAAUUUUCGGUCUCAGUUUAGUUAGCAAUCUGCAGGAUAUGAAAGUUAUCUGUGAAAUGGACGCGUUGAACAUAGCUAAUAGGCUUCAGAAUCCUGGUAGGGCUGAGGAUUAUCUGCAGGUUUUGACAGAAGAUUGCAUGGCUGCAUGUUUGGACCGGGACGUCAGUUUCCAAUUUGUAAAACGGUCAUGUAACCAAGUAGCUCACGCGUUAGCUAAGUGGGGAAUGUUUUUCGGUAGAGAUUGCGUCUUUGAUGGGAACGUUCCGUUUCCGGUUAAUGAAAUUGUAACCAUUGAUAUUCAUUAA